AAAAAGAGGAAGAAAAUAAAUAUUGUGUGCUAUGAAGGACAAACACAAGUAGGAAAGCAGCGACAAACAAGGCAGUACAGAAGAUUGAUUAUGGGAAUUGCAUCAUCAAAGUGGCACCACAGGGCCAUUGAGAGAAAGUGUUAAAGUGAUUGUUUUCUUUAUGUUCCAUUUACUUAAUGUGGUGCUACAAGAUAGUGGGCUGGUGUGACAGAGCCCUCCCAGGCAAUAAUAAGGUCAUUCAUACUUACUGCAAAUGAGCAAUAACCUUCUGUUCUUAAAAAAAGGAAAUCUUAUAAAGAAGAGACCAAGGCUUGGACAGAUUUUAUUCUAAUGAGCCUAGUGGUUCAGGACGCAAGCCAGGCGGGAAUGUUGGGGGGAAGGUCUUUCCAAACACUUUUUAUUGCUAUGAUAACUGCCUAGAUUUCAAUGGGGACUAUGGUGAGAACUGGUAUUUGGGUCUGGCUUUCAACUGAUUAUGGUAAAUGUUUAUCCUAUACUUUAUUUUUAAUUCCAAAAUGUAAUGAACUUUCUGGAUAGCCCUAUUAUUAUUAUUAUUAUUAUUAUUAUUAUUAUUAUUAUUAUUAUUAUUAUUAUUUUAUUGUAUGACACAGCUGUUUUAUUGUCAUCUUAUAGAGAACUUUCUCUAUUUUUACCAGAGACAACGUCCUGACCUCGAUUCUGCCUUUGUCAUUCUGCUUGUACAUUGUAUCUGGAGUUGGACUUUUGACUGUAAUGAUUGCCAGUACAUCAUAUCUUAUGCCGCCACAUUUAAUUGCACUUGUACUUACAAUCUGCUGCUAAAAACGGGUACCAAAAAAUACCAAUUCCAGUACCCCCCACAAUUGCACUUCAAUUUCCCUACUCUCAAUGCAAUCUAUAUAUAUAAAAAUGUAAUAUGCAUAAUUAGGACCGAGUUAACAAUAAAACCACUGGGCCAAAUCACACAUAAUUUGGCCACAAAACGAAUCACUUUCCAAGGAGUGACCAUCAACCCCCCCCUCCCAAACCGGAUUGGUCGAUAUCUAUUUUUCACUUUCCCCAUUCCCCUUUUGGCCCAAAUGGUACGCUCCCCUCUUUUUUCUUUACUCUCCACACUUGACCCGAGGGGGGGGAGGCGACUGUGUUUACAGCUGACGGGGAGCCCUGCACGUGGAGAAGAGCAGGUAGAGAUAGAGCCAGCUGCCAGGGCUGUUCUUCCUGGAGGGGCUUCCCCCACUCCUCACACACACAGGAACACAUAGACCUCCAAUUAGAAAGCGGGGGAAGGGAGGAGGAGGAGAGGAAGAGCCAGCCUCCCCAUGGCUACCAGUCAGAAAGGUAGGCCCCACACCCUUUAGGUCCUGCCCAUUUUGUGUCAUAGCAACCCCCUCAGCCACAAUGGCACCCAGGGGAUAGGCAGGGUUCACUCAGGGCCCUUUCACACAGGCCUUUAUCCCAGAAUAUCAAGGCAGAAAAUCCCACAGUAUCUGUUUUGAACUGGGUUAUCUGAGUCCACACUCAGAUAAUGUGGGAUUUUCUGCCUUGAUAUUUUGGGAUAAAGGGCUGUGUGGAAGGGCCCUUAGGUCUCUUUCACACUGCCUAUAAAAUACAAAUUAUCUGAUUUGAACUGGGUUAUAGUGUAGACUCAAGGCCCUUCCACAGUUAUAUAACCCAGAAUGCCAAGGCAGAUAACCCAAAGUAUCUGCUUUGAACUGGAUUAUCUUGAGUCCACACUGCGAUAUAAUCCACUUCGGUGUAGAUUUUAUACAGCUGUGUAGAAGGGACCUCAUAUAAUCCAGUUCUAAGCAGAUAGUACAAGAUUAUAAAUAUCUAUAUUACUGUGCUUUAAUAAUACAGAACAAUAUAAUCUCUAAAAUCAGGACAGUAAAUAAAGAACAACACUCUGAAAACAGGGGAAUUCCAGACAGGAAACAAUCAGGGCCAGCUAACACCUCUGAAUAAAGGCUUCCCCCAGGGAGAAAACAGCCAGGCUUUGAAGCUGAAAGGCCAUUAAAUGCUAAUCAUUCUGGCUAAUUGCAGCAUUCAUACUUGCCUCCAACAGACCAAAAAAAAAAAAAAGGAACAACCAGAAAUAUUUUAUAUUCACAAGCUUUAGCAAAUAACAUAUACUAACUACCACCAAUUCCUCAAUACUUUAUUUCCCAUACCACCAUAUUUCCCCACAGCAAUGCGUGGCUGGGCACAGCUUGUUAUUUAUAAGAUCUUAUCAACCUUGUCAAGUUAUAUUGAUGCUGGGGUGGGUGGGUGAAUGGGAAAUCAUUGCAAUUAGGGACAGUAUAUAAUGAUAUAUAUGGUUUUUUUUAUUAGAGAUAUGAAUACUGAAUGUGCAAUAGAAUAAUCAUUGAUAGAUAAGCUGAUGCACUGGGUACAUUAUCUAAUCAUAAUCUCAUUUGUUAACCAACUUUUGUAUAAAUUGCUAUCCUUCCGUCACAUGAUGACAUGCAUGGUGCUCCUGGGGGAAGGGAUCUCCAGGAUUGGGGUGCCCUGAUAGAAGCCCUUCAGGAGAAGGGGAGAUGCAGUCAAAAUUGACAACAUAGGGGAAAGCAGAAUAAAGUCCUUGUGCCUCUGGAACACCACCCCCUGACUACAAAUAGUCUGGAUAGUCAAUAUGACAGGAUCCCUGGGUUAAAGCUCCUGCUGCUUGUCAUGCACCAGGGCAGCGGAGCACCAAGAACCCAACACGGAGGCCAAUAAAACUAUCUAAUAUCUUUAUUAAGGAAAUAUAUAAGGAGGAUAAAAACAAGUAGAGAAUAUAGUCCAGAAACAGACCUUUCAAAGAAGGCCUAAAAUAGUCCAGAAAUAGUUUGUCCAAUAAAUGAUAUUAGAGUUCAAAGGUAAAAUCCAACCGAAACACACACUAAUGCCAAGCAAUAGUGUGGGGAAUAGUCCAAAGUCUUUCAAGGCACAAGGUAAAUCCGCAGGGAAGCUGAGAACAAGGCUUGAAUCUGGGAAACAAGGUCCGUGGUACAAAACAAGGCAGGCAGUCCAAAACUUGAUUCAAGGAGCAUAAUCCGUGGCUGAGAAUAAUGCAAGGCAAUACUUGGAUACUUGGAUAAGCGAGGCAAGGAAACUGGAUUGCGUACUUGGCAAAGUCCGCACUAGGCUGGAAACAUGGAAUUCACUCUCGAAGCUGAGCUGAUGUCUCCGCAAAGAAUCAACAGAGUUUGAUACUUUUAUCUGGGUCUCGUUUCCCGCCAAAUGGGCGUCCAGCGUUCUCUUUCCCUAGAGAACAGGGAACAAAAACCCAGCUUGCAGGUGUAAGACUCCCUGGAUUUUCCCAGGGGAAACAUGGCUAAUCAGUCUUGCUUGGCAGCAAUGCGGGCACUCCUCUGAAUUCUCUCUCUCGCUCCCCUAUCCGCCGAGAAAGAUUGCUUUCUAGCAAAGGGAGGUGAGCUUUGAUCAAGGUCAGUUUUAAUUGGUUCUUGGACAAGAACUUCAGGCAGCUGGAAAAACUCUGGCUCUGGCUGUUGAUCCGGAGAAAACCCCAUGUUUUCAUCCUCAUCUGUCACAAUGACACUAGGCACAGGACUAUAAAGCCCAUGAGGCAUCACACUGCUGAAUGUCAUGUCUGCAAAUGGUAAAACAACAACCAUCCAAGACUUGGUCUUGGAUGAAUAUGCGGACAUGGCUCACAUCACUGAGACCUGGUUGGAUGAACUGGGGGGGGGGGAGGUAAAUCUCACCCAGCUUUGUCCUUCAGGUUUCGGAGUGUAUCAGCAGGCUAGGUCUAGGGGGGCAGGGGGGCAGAGUCAUGGUGGUCUAUUGGGAUUCCAUCUCUCUGGUCAGGUGUCCCAUCCCUCAAUCAUCCACAUUCGAAUGUUUCUUAACAGGGAGAGAUUAGGUAUUCUGCUUGUGUACCACCCACCCUGCUGCACAACAGUCUCCCUACCUGAGCAAAUGGGGGUGAUCUCUGGCCUGGCAUUGGAGUCUCAACAGCUUAUAGUACUGGGGGACUACAACGCCCAUGUCGAGACCACCUUGUCUACCUCGUCUUAGGAAAUUAUGGCCACCAUGACAACCAUGGGGCUAUCCCAAAUUCUAUCUGGGCCCACUCAAAGCAGGGGGGAUGAUGUGAUUGGCAAGCCUUUGUUUUCUCUCUACAUCCCUUCUAUGGGGGGGAGUAACUAUUUUCUUCAGCAUUUCUUCACCAAAUGAAGAACAGCCAUUAUAUGCAGACUUUUUCCAUUUGUUAUGUUGCGAAGAGUGCUUGACACGUUACCAAAGCACACUGGAUGUUUUAGAGCAUCAUCAUCAUAUGCUACCACCUGUGGCUGAGUGUGAUUGUUUUCCGAGUGUAGAGUCUUGGUGGUGGGAAAUCACUCACAUCGAUUUCCAGAUGGAAGAUGGUCCUGACAAGGGUUUGCUUGACACACCUUCCUCUUGGCACAUUUCUCCUCUUCACGCUCUAUUCGUGCAUCUUCAAAAUCCAGGGUGCUGUUGGUAACAGCUGACCUAUAAUUAAAAUGCUCAAGUGGCAGGGCUUUCCAGGUCUCUAUGUUAAUUCCACAUUGUUAGGGUUAGCAUUAAGCCCAUCUUUAAAUUUUCACUGACAAUAUAUUUUCCAUUUUAUAAUAAUGCUGCUCAAAGUGGCAGUCCAUGGACAAAUGUCACCCCAAAAGCCUUUGAUUGGUUAGGUGUGCAAAGUUUUCAAAAUACAAAGAAAGAGUAGUACUAUUACAGGCCUAUAUAUGGCACAUUAGGAGAUAAACAUCAUUGCGCCAUAUACCUUUAUAAUCAUAUUGUUAGAAUUAGAUCUAAAACCAGUUGUGAAAUUGAGCUCUUAACAAAUCCCUAUAGAAAUUACGUUGUCAUUCUGUAGACUUUUUUUAGCUACUUUCGAGUACCUUUUGCAUUGCCAUGCUUUCUCUGCCAUACUGUUAUGUUCUUGAUUCUCUAAGCUCCACCCCUGUUCUAAAGGAAUUUCCAUGGAUUGUUGCUAUAUACAGAAUCUUUUCUCCUUCUGCUAAUACAUAUGCAGUCUCAUUCCCAUCUAGCUUCUAGCUUGACAAUCGCUUCAAGGGCUUCUCGUCCAAGAAUGGAAUGUCAAAGGAUGUACUUCAGAAGACUUCUUCCUUUGUUUCUGCUGACUCUAAUUAGUGUACAGAAUGAGAUUGCUGGUCAGACACCACCAGAGGGAUUCAGAUACGUCUCUUAUGAGGUGACCAUCCCAAGAAAACUGACCCCUAGAUAUGGUCAGGAAGAAUCCAAAGGCAUUAGCUAUCUGCUGCAUAUUGAGGGGAAGGGCCACAUCUUCCAUCUGAGGCAGAAGAAAGCAUUUGUGCCGAAACACUUUCCGGUCUUCACCUACAAUAAGGUGGGGGAACUCCAAGUGGAUUAUCCUUUCAUCAAGGAUGACUGUUUCUAUCAUGGCUUUGUUCAGGGCCAGCUCUCUUCCCAGGUCACCCUCAGCAUUUGCUCUGGAGGACUCAGAGGUGUGGCUCAUUUUGACAACAUGACCUAUGAAAUUGAACCGGUCCAGGCAUCUGCUAGCUUCCAGCAUGUAGUGUAUCGUCUGGAAGAGAAGGAAGGUGCUAUUAGGAAGAGGUGUGGAGUAACAAAGGAAGAGGAAAGACGGCAAGAGAUUCUGCUGCAGAACACAGAAAAAGUAGUGGUGAAAAGGAAUUCGCAAAAUGUGUGGUGGACCCAUGUUAGAUAUGCUAAAGUUGCCAUUGUAGUGGAUUAUGAACGAUUUGAGAGAUUUGACAGUAAUGAAACUAUUCUUACUUGGCAUGUUCUGGUUGUAUUUCAUAUUGCUGUUUCAUUCUAUGACGCCCUUUCCUUUCAGCCCUCUUUAGUUGGACUAGAAAUCUGGUCAGAAAGGAAUCUCAUAACUAUUCAUGACAUUCCAGAGGAUGUACUUUGGGCUUUUACUGAAUGGAGAAGGCAUUCACUUCUUCCUCGUCUACAGAAUGAUGCUGCUCACUUAUUUUUAUAUAAAGAGCUUUCUCCAGUACUUGGAAUUGCAUAUGUAGAAACAAUCUGUAGUGCGGAUCAUGCAGCUGGUCUUACUUAUUUGAUGUCUAGACAUUUAUUUUAUUACGCUAUUACAUUUGCACAUGAACUAGGACAUAAUCUUGGUAUGAGACAUGAUGAAAGCUAUUGCCAUUGUGAUCGAGGUUUGUGCAUCAUGAAUGAAUAUCAACGUCUCACUGAUCAGUUUAGCAAUUGUAGUUAUAGGGACUAUUUCAAAUCCAUGAACCGUCAGUGUUUGUUAAUACAGCCAGAUGAAAAGUUUCAUGAACCCUCAUAUUGUGGAAACAAAGUUGUGGAAGAUGGAGAGCAAUGUGAUUGUGGUACAGAAGAUGAAUGUGAAUCAGAUCCAUGUUGUCAGUCUAAGUGUGAGUUACGUCCAGGGGCCACUUGUGCAUUUGGAUCAUGUUGCAGAAACUGCCAAUAUGUUCCAGCUCGAUCCAUUUGCAGAAGAAAUGUUAGUAUAUGUGAUCUUCCUGAAUACUGUCAUGGGUCUUCAGAAUGGUGUCCUGAAGACGUCUAUGUUCAAGAUGGGGCCCCAUGCAGGGAUGGGGCAUAUUGUUAUCAGGGGAAUUGUACUACGCAUGACAGGCAGUGCAAAAUUAUCUUUGGCUCAAAAGCAACAGUGGCUUCAGAGGAUUGUUUCAGAAUAAUGAAUGCUCGAGGUGAUCGUUUUGGCAACUGUGGCCUUAAACAUGGGGUUUAUAGCAAAUGUACAACAUCGAACAUCCUGUGUGGCAGGAUCCAGUGUUCAGACGUGGAUGAUCUCCCCACGUUGGAAGAUCACAGCACCAUGAUUCAGACACAGGCUGGGGGCAUUGAGUGCUGGGGCCUAGACUACCACAGUGGGAUGGAAAUAGCUGAUUACGGAGCAGUAAGGGAUGGCACUCCUUGUGGCACAGACAUGAUGUGCAUUGGUGGAGAGUGUUUGCAUGUGUCCCUCUUGAACUAUGACUGUAAUGUCACUAAGUGUCACAACCGGGGAGUAUGCAAUACCUACAAACAUUGCCAUUGUGAUUAUGGCUGGGCCCCUCCUGACUGUCUCAAAGAAGGUUAUGGUGGUAGUAGUGACAGUGGACCUGCUUCGCCAUAUAGGAGUGCUGUUGUUGCAGGAGCUGUUGUAGGAACUUUAUUUGCUCUGUCUUCAGCAACUAUUGUUCUUACCAUGGCUGUAUAUAAGGUUCUGCUGAGCCAUGGUUUUAAAAGUCUGAGCUCAGUUAUCUCCCCAGUCGAGUUAACAGAAGAAAUAAAUUGAAAGUGGACAAUUCAUACAGAAGGAAAAAAAUGUAUGUAUGAAAUAGUAUUUAAUACUUGUAUUUUUAUUCAUUAUUUUCUCUUUGUAUUGUUUUUGUUCUUUGAUAAAUCUACAAAGAAUGUUAUUGUGUAUGAGGCUGAUAUGCCCCACCCUGCGGAAAGGAAAUGUUUCUUUGGAAUUCGGGGGAACAGUUUGAGCAUUUCAUUUGACUGACAUGUUUGGCAACAUGUUAAGCAACAAAACAUUUCUAACAAAAGCACUGUGCUGAGCUAACAGGUUUAAGCAGCAAUUCAUGAAGGCUAAAUGAAUUUUAAAUAUUUGUAAGUAUUUUAAAAACAAAAAAUAAAGAAGAGAGUUUUGUUUUAGUAAUCUCUUAGUUAAAAUACAACAAUGAUCUUCAUUGUAGGUUUUUUAUAGGCCAUAAAGUUGAAAUAAACAAAGUUUUGAACAAAGUCUAUGAACAAGUCUCUUUGAGCACUAUAAAUCCCAUUAUAAGUCUGGCACAAAUCUUUAUGGACUUCAUCCCACAGAAUAGGUCAAGUGUUUGGGAAAACAGGUUUUCCCUAAAGCUUUGCCAUACUCCAUCUUGAAAUUCAAUGGAAGAUUUUCCUACCUUCAUCGCAUCUAAUCCUUCUCUCCGAUUUCUUUAAGAUCUAUCUGAUUUACCACCACAUGGUAAAGACUUGUAUCCCUCCACUAUCUAUCCCCGGUUUUCUUUUUCUUUUCUUUUCUUUUCUUUUCUUUUUAAAGCCUUCUAUCUUCUAGUUCAACUUACAGCCCGAAAUGAGGGUUAUUCUUACGUUUUUACAGGAGGGAGGAGGCAAUGAAGCUUUAGCUUUCUUAAAUCUCUCUGUGCUGUCCUUUCGAUUGGCAGUUUCUUCAGGCAAGAGUUCAAAGGGACUUUUAUGACCUGACACUGGAAGAGCAGGGGGCAAUGUUGGAAGAUGUUGGAUUAUGGUUGUAUGUGUAUGAAAUGUAAAUCAAGUGUUUUCUGCUGUUGUGCAAGAGUGUGUGUUUCAGCAAUGAAACAGUUAACAGCAGGCUAGUUUUGACUGACAGCCUGUUGUGACUAGUAUGACCUAUCAGACAUGAUUUCCAGCCUUGGAGGUCGGAAACUUCCUUCAGACUGAGGAAUGUGUUUUUCUUAUAUCCGAGUGUUGUUGAGCUGGUGCUUGCCGAGGCAAGAGGCUAUAGAAGAAUGCCAGCUCACCCUACAUUUUGGAAACUGCAAGAUACUGCUACCCCGCAUUUGAAGCUUGUGUCGUGUAAAGGGCAUCAUCGGUGUGUUGAGGUUCAGAUGCGAUACCCCUUUUUAAAGAAGGCAAACCUUGCAGAACCCCCUAGUGCCAGCUUUCCAAUAAAGGAACUAGGAGGCAGAGACAACAGGUGGGAAUUUCCUCAAUGUGUAGAAAUGCUUAUUUAAUUGUGUGUGAUGAAGUCAUAUGUUUAUGUUUGUCUGGUUAGGGAUGAUGGCACCGGAUUUUGAAACAUGUAACGAAUUGGCAUUAUUUAUUUAUUUAUUUCCAGUAUUUAUAUCGCGCCCUUCUCACCCGGAGGGACUCGGGGCAGCUUACAAAAUUGGCAACAAUUCGAUGCCGACAACAUAGUUGAAAUCAUAACAAUAUAUAAAUCCAUUAAGAACAAUUACAUACAAUAUAAAAUAUAAGUCCGAAAAGGCCCUGUUCUUCGUUCCCGCCAGCCGCGCUUGCGAGGCAGGCGGGACCGAGAGCAGGGCCCCACCAGAUGACCUUAGGGAUCUUCCUGGCUCAUAGGAGGAGAUACGUUCAGACAAGUAGAUUGGGCCAGAACCAUUUAGGGCUUUAUAGGUCAAAACCAGCACUUUGAAUUGGGCUCGGUAGCAUAUCGGCAGCCAGUGGAGCUGGCUUAGCAGGGGGGUGGUACACUCCCUGUAAGCCGCCCCAGUUAUUAGUCUGGCUGCCUCCUGUUGUACUAAUUGGAGCUUCUGGGCCGUCUUCAAAGGCGUUGUAGUAGUCCAAAUGGGAUAUAACCAGAGCGUGGACCACCAUGGCCAAGUCAGACUUCCCAAGGUACGGGCACAGCUGGCGCACAAGUCUUAGUUGUGCAAAUGCUCCCCUGGCCACCGCUGAGACCUGGGGCUCCAGGCUCAGCGAUGAGUCCAGGAGAACACCCAGACUGCGAACCUGUGUCUUCAGGGGGAGUGCGACCCCGUCCAACACAGGCUCUAACCCCAUACCCUGUUCGGCCCUACGACUGACCAGGAGGAUCUCUGUCUUGUCUGGAUUCAAUUUCAAUUUGUUCGCCCUCAUCCAGUCUCACACAGCGGCCAAGCACCAGUUCAGGACCGGAACAGACUCCUUAGUGACAGGUGGAAAGGAGUGACAGAGCUGGACAUCAUAUACCGCACCCCAAAACUCUGGAUGAUCUCUCCCAGUGGCUUCAUGUAUAUUUUGAACAACAUGGGAGACAAUACUGAACCCUGUGGGACCCCACAAAACAAUGGUUGCAGGGCUGAGCAGGUGUCCCCCAGUGACACCAUCUGGGAACGACCCUCCAAGAAGGACCGGAGCCAUGGCAAAACAGUACCUCCAAGACCCAUCCCGGCAAGGCGUCCCAGAAGGAUACCGUGAUCAACGGUAUCGAAGGCCGCUGAGAGGUCCAGCAGAACCAGCAGGGACACACUCCCCUUGUCCAGCUCCCGGCGAAGAUCAUCGACUAAGGUGACCAAGGCUGUCUCAGUACUAUGUUUGGCCUAAAACCAGAUUGCGCCUGAUCCAGAAAAUCUGUAUCUACCAAGAAUGCCUGGAGUUGUACGGCCACCACACGUUCCACGACUUUGCCCAAAAAGGGGAGAUUGGAAAUAGGUCAAUAGCUGUCCAAUUGAGUGGGGUUCAGUGAUGGCUUUUUCAACAGUGGUUUGAUCACAGCCAAUUUAAGGCUCGCUGGAACAAUGCCUUCCCGAAAGGAGGCUUUCACCACCACCUUCACCCACUCAGCCAAUCCCCCUCUGGAUUCUCUCACCAGCCAGGAUGGGCAGGGGUCUAGGAUGCAUGUGAUAGCCUUCACCUCUCCAAGCACCUUGUCCACUUCCUCAGGCUGAACCAAUUGAAAAGAAUCCAUCCAGGGAGACAUUCCCAUGGGAAAUAAUGAUCUUGAUUUGUCUCAGGCUCCUGUUCAGGUGUAAGAUAAUGAACUGUUUGGCCUUGACAGUCAAGAAGCUCCAUUGCUAUCUCAGGCAGAUCAUUUGCAAUGGAAAGGAAUGCCUCAGCGUAGCCUGAGAUUAGCUGGAAAACGGGGGGGGGGGGGGGGGCUCUGAAGGGAAGAGAAAUGCAUUUUUGGGUUGCUUUUAAAACUGUGUGUUGGGAGACAAAUCUCUGUCAAAGCAAAUUCUCGCUUCAUCAGAGGGAAUGGUCUAUGUCUUCAUGCUUUGGAAAUUCUCCUGCUCGUGAAUCCUUGUAACCUAUGGACUAUUGUAUCUUUGGGAAUAGACUUUUGCUUUUUGUCUAUGGAUCAUUGGAUUUAUUGACUCUAUUUUACAACUAUUUUGGGAACUAUAUUUUUUCCUGCUUUGAUAUUAUAUAUAUUUUGCUUUUGCUCAAUAAACUACAAAAUACUACCUUCUAUGUGUGGCUUGGUGUAAAUAGCAAGGUGAACUAUUCUGAGGUGCGACAUCCCCCUCCCCUGGAUUACUUCGAUGCUCCCCCCCCCCCGGCCGCUAGAUACACACCCUCUCCCUACAUGGUCUUCCAUAGUGGAAGACUCACUUUCACACAUGAGGAUCUUAUUACCACUGCUUCCUACUCCCACCUCCUUUACUAUAAAAAUAAAUCUAUCCCUCCUUCCCUCCCCUGCCUAAGAGAAUUAGUAGAACCUCAAAAGCUCCCAGCCUUGUCUUAUAGAUCUAAAAUGACAUGUGCUGAGGUAGAUAGAUAUUAUUUCCACCAUCUGGGAGAGGGACCCCGGGCAAGGGGGGUUAUGUUGGUGUUACAAUUGGAAGUACAGUAGAGUCUCACUUAUCCAAGCCUCACUUAUCCAAGCUUCUGGAUUAUCCAAGCCAUUUUUGUAGUCAAUGUUUUCAAUAUAUCAUGAUAUUUUGGUGCUAAAUUCGUAAAUACAGUAAUUACAACAUAACAUUUCUGUGUAUUGAACUACUUUUUCUGUCAAAUUUGUUGUAUAACAUGAUGUUUGGGUGCAUAAUUUGUAAAAUCAUAACCUAAUUUGAUGUUUAAGAGGCUUUUCCUUAAUCCCUCCUUAUCCGAGAUAUUCACUUAUCCAAGCGUCUGCCGGCCCGUUUAGCUUGGAUAAGUGAGACUCUACUGUAGUAGUAUACUCAACUUAAAGUGCUAAGAUGUUAAUUUCUUUACCCCAACCCCUAUUAAAGUGCUCUAGUGCUUCAGUGCUGUUUGUGCUGUUAUCUGUGGUUAGUAAUUGAAUUAACCUGAUAGACUCUAACCAUUGCCCUCCCUUCCCACCCUCCUCUUAGCCCUCCCUGGCCCUUAAUUAAUGCCCUAGCUCCUAACACACUUUGAUCACUACAGAUGUUAACUGUAGCUGUCACUACCACAAUGAAAAAGUGCUAUAGUGCUGGUAGGCGAUAAGUCUCUUCAUAAAGUGCUUGGUGUGUAGUUUGGCAAAUGGUACUUCGCCUUGCCCCCUCCACAUCACCAGGUCUGGUCCAGUCACAAAAGAUGUAAAUAGAGCACGAGGAGG